AUGCACCUUUUGAGUCGAUUCAAAAUUCACCUUCUUCCCAUCGUCCGCUGCGUGGCGGAUGCAGAGUUUCUAGUGGAAGCGGUGAGCCUCGUUGUGAGUCCACCGGCAUGUGCCUUCUGCAUCCAUUGCUACCGCAGCUACACGUGCACCAUCCCAUCCAUCGCCCUCAUUGCCAAGUUCGCCUACCGCCCCCUCCACGUCCUCUUCAACCGCUUUCUAUCGGUCUUCCCGCCACACCCCGCUGGGUUUGACACGCUUGUGGAGUUGUUGUCGCCGAUUCCCUCCUGCCCGCCUGCCCGUGUCGACCUGGCGAGGAUGCGUGAGAAAGGGUGCAAGGCCGGGGUGGUGCUGCGGAGAGCAGCAGCAGUAGCAGCGGUGGCAGUGAUGUGGGAGAUUGGGUGCGGUGCUGCGGGGUGUGGGAGGGUGGAGGGUGGCGGUGUGAAGCUAAGGAGCUGCGGUGGGUGUGGCAAGGUUGCGUAUUGCAGCAGAGAGUGCCAAAAGGCGCACUGGCCCUCCCACAAGCUCACAUGCCCCGGCAGGUCUGGUGGCAAGAAGAGAGGGGAAGAUGGCAGGAGGGAUGGUGGCAGGAGCAGCAGCAGCGAUGGUGGCAGCAACAAUGGUAAGGUGAGUGGUAAGGUGAGUGGUAAGGUGAGUGGUAAGGUGAGUGGUAAGGUGAGUGGUAAGGUGAGCGGUAAGGUGAGUGGUAAGGUGAGCGGUAAGGUGAGUGGUAAGGUGAGUGGUAAGGUGAGUGGUAAGGUGAGUGGUAAGGCGAGUGGCGAGGUGAGUGGGAAGGUGAGUGGCAAGGCGAGUGGCAAGCCUCAUCUCAACCAGUUUUCCCUACUCACAAACUCACCCUUGAAACAUGUCUUGCAAGUCCCAAUUCCUUGGUUUGCGCAGGGCUAA